GUCGGCCGUCUGAAGUGCGCGUGUGCGAGCCGCAAAGUAGCAUGGCGGCCGCCAGGGGCUGCCUCUGCUCGUGCGCUCGCCCGAUGCUGCCCCGGCUUUGCGUGGGGCUGGCCGCCGGGCCCGGCUCGCUGCUCAGGGCAGCGGCUUAUUCCACCGCCCUGGGGGUGGGGAGCGCGGGGCCCAGCCAGAGAGAAGUUGCAGCAUCAAGAAGAAGCAGGACAUCACAAAUUGCAAGAAAUAGAAGAGUGCCUGGAGCUCCUAGAACUGAAAAGAUGGCUGUUGAUCAGGACUGGAGCAAUGUUUAUCCAACUGCAGCAGCAUUUAAUCCUUCUUCAGUGCCUCUUCCCAUCCGAAUGGGCUAUCCUGUGAAGAGAGGAGUACCUCCACCGAAAGGAGGCAAUUUGGAGCUUAUAAAGAUCCCUAACUUUUUGCAUCUGACUCCCCCAGCAAUUAAGAAACACUGUGCAGCUCUUAAAGAUUUCUGCACUGAGUGGCCAACUGUAUUGGACAGUGAUGAGAAAUGUGAGCAGCAUUUUCCUAUUGAAAUUGAGACAGUAGAUUAUGUUUCAGCAGGGCCAUCUGUUCGUAAUCCCAAAGCAAGAGUGGUGACUUUAAGAGUUAAGCUUUCCAAAUUGAACUUGGAUGACCAUGCAAAGAAGAAGCUCAUUAAACUUGUAGGAGAGCGGUACUGCAAGGACACAGAUAUGCUUACCAUUACAACAGACAGGUGUCCAUUAAGGAGACAGAAUUAUGACUAUGGAAUCUACCUCCUCACAGUUUUGUACCAUGAAUCGUGGAAAACUGAAAUGUGGGAAAACGAGAAGACUGAAGCAGACAUGGAGGAGUAUAUCUGGGAAAAUAGCCCCUCUCAGAAGAAUGCUUUGGACACGCUUCUUCGAAUAAGAGCUGCAGAGAAAAUCACUGAAGUAACUAGGGAAGAGCUGCUUGGCUCUGAGAUGGUUGAGAAUUACAAAACCUCUGUAGUUGUACUUAAAAAUGGAGAGACAGAAAACAACAUUUUGCAGUACAAGGAAUCUGUGAUGAAACUACUGAAUUUACAAGCAUGACAGUGAAAAUUGACAUUCCAUGCACAUCUCUGAUCUUGUGUCAAUAUACAAAGAUAAUGUAUGCUAAUAGUACUUUGUAGGAAAUUGUGAAUGCAGUUAUCCAUGACUUUCUGGACCUUCAGCAAAACGUCUUGGAAUAUUAAUAAAAUUUUAAAAUUUCAAAAACCUUGAAUGGAAUUUAGAGUGAAUAGAGAUUCAAAAAGGGUUAGCAACAAACUUCAUAUGUUUCCAUACAAUUGAAUUUUCUUAUCAAUGACAAAAUCACUGUCUGCCAGUAUCAUUCCUUACCUCUAUAAAUAAAAUUUGUCUCAAGUCUUUUCUGGGAAGCCUUCUGAGUAUUUAUGGGCUUAAGCAUUCUGUUCCACUGUUCUAGCCUGGGAUUUAGGAGGCCCUGAUUUAAUUCCUUGCUGUACCACAGACUUCUGUGUAUCCUGGGUAAAUCACAUAGGGUAAGAUUUUUCAAAAGCACCCAUUUGACUUAGGAGGCAAAGUUCCAUUGAAUUUCAAUGAGACUUAGGAUCCUGUGUGCCUAAGUCAUUUCUGAGAAUGGGGCACACAGGGUAUGUCUACACAGCAAAGAAAAACCCAUGGCUGGCAGGGCCUGGGCUCCAGCCUGAGCCCAGAAGUCUAUACAGCCAUGAAAGAGCCCUGCAAACCCCAGCCAUGGGUGUCUAGUUGCUGUGUAGACAUACCCUUAGUAUGCAUUUGAAAAUUUUACUCUUAGUCUCUCUCUGCCUUCAUUUUUCCAGAUGAAGGUAACAUUACCUCCAACCUUGGCGGACAGUUGGGAGGAUAACUGCAUUGGAGAUUGUGAGGCGUGUAAUGAGGGUCACAUAAGUACCUUAGAUAGACAUGUAUAUCUCUGAAAGAAGGGGAACAGGAUAAAGUUAAGACCCCAGAAUAGAAAAUGGAUGGAGUAGUGGACCAUCUAGAAGGGAGGGAAAGGUUAAAUAGUAGCUGAAAGGAUGCAAAAUAAAAGUAUACACAUACAUCUGCACAAUAAAUAUGUGGAAUAAGUAAGAAUUGUAUGUCAUAUUACAGGAACAAAAACAGUUUGGGUGACAGAUGAUGGGAACUUAAAUUAAUUAUUUUAAAAGGAUAUGACCUGCUCUUAAUACAGAAAGGGUGUUAAAUUGUGUCUCAUGAGUAAAUACAUGACUAAUGGUGCAGAAAAUUCAUCUAGGUUCCAACUUGUCACCAUGAGUGAAGGAAGGAAUUAUAUAGAUGGUUGUUACCUUUUGGUAAUUUACUCUUUGAGCAGAACUGGUCUGAAAACCUGAAAGUAGUUGGUAAUUUUAGCACUCAGCAAUUAUCAAAAAUAGUUCUGAAUGCUAAAAAAUGUGAAAAGAGAACUUCUUUUUAAAAGAAAAAGAGAAGUGAGCUUCAAAAACUCAGGAGGUUAAGAUCCUAUGACAGUAAAAAUACAAUUACUAGUAUCAGCAAAAUUAGGCAUUCAUGUUACAAAAAUAUUUCCCUUUCACUUGGGUGGCUUUUUGUCAGAAUUAAAGAUUCUACAAAAGGUUAAAUAAGCUUACCAUUAGUCACAAUGUUCUGCUCCCCAGCCACAGCUGAUUAAGAAGAAAAGAUGCAACAUAAGAGCAUAGGCACCAGAACUGGGGGAAUGGAGGGAAGUGACUCUUGUGCAUCUGUUUAGGACUCUGUUGGAGCCAUUCUACAUGGCUUAUGGGUACUCCAGCUUCUGUCAUCUACAUGUAGCCUUUGAGAUUGGAAUGUAUAUUCCCUUUGUAAAAGGAGUGGCAUUGUCAAAUGGGUUCUGUCUAGUAGAACACAGUUUUUCAUCCAGGAAUAACUACCUCUUGUGCACAUAAAAUAGUAAUAUAGCUUUGGUAACUGUUAUAGUUAAGAUUGAAAAUGUUUGCUUAGUAAACUCAUAUAUUCAGACUGUCAGAACUUUGCAAUCCUUUACCUUUUUGCAUUAAACAUUCCCUCCUUUCA